GGCUGUGGGACUUCUGGAAGUGAAGUGUGGAGCCCCUGGAAGUGCCAGUACUCAGAUAAUGGAUCGUGCUGAUGGACAGUGGGGGAGACAGAGGACUGAUUCCUGGCACAUGGACCACAUCAACUGCGGUGCUACAUGCAGUUCUGCUCCGAUCGUCCAGUCUCUCCUUCUGCUGCUCCCAGACGUGCUCUACAGGAUUAAGACCCUUAGAGCUGAACCAGACCAGGCACAUUGGUGCAGGAAGAAGUGUUGACGUCUGGCAUCCGGCUCCUCUGACUCGACGAUGGAGCUGCCUUCGCAGGCCUCUGCUUUGUCUGCGUCGCUCUACAACAACAGCGUGCCGCUAAAUGCCUCUGAGAAUUUUACCAACGAACACUUCACUGAAAUCAAUCUUUUGGAAAUUCUUGGUCCCAAAAGAUCUCCGUUUUUCCUUCCGGUGACGACGGUUUACCUUCUCAUCUUUCUCAUCGGCCUGUCUGGAAACGUGCUCACCUGUGCCGUGAUAGCAAAGCACAAGAGGAUGAGGAACCCCACCAACUUCUACCUGGUGAGUCUGGCCGUGUCUGACCUCCUGGUGCUGAUGUUCGGGAUGCCCCUGGAGAUUUACGACCUGUGGCAGAACUACCCGUUCCCCUUCGGCGAGGGCGGCUGCUACUUCAAGACCUUCCUCUUUGAGACGGUCUGCUUCGCCUCCAUCCUCAACGUCACGGCGCUGAGCGUGGAGAGGUACAUCGCCGUGGUGCACCCCCUCAAAACCCGCUACCUGUCCACCAACCAGCAUGCCAAGCGCGUCAUCACGGUGGUGUGGGUGGUGUCGAUGAUCUGCGCCAUCCCCAACACCUCCCUACACGGCAUCUUCUACCUGCCAGAGAAAAUGGAGGAGUCAGCCAUAUGUACCGUGCUCAAGCCCCUGUGGAUCUAUAACUUGCUGAUGCAGAUCACAACUGCCUGCUUCUACUUCAUCCCAAUGAUGAUCAUCAGCGUUCUGUAUCUGGUGAUGGGCAUUCAUUUAGGCAGAGAGAGGCGGCACGCCAGGCGGCAUCUGGGGAAGAACUGCUACAGCAGCAGCAGAAGGAACCUGGCCGUGGAGAACGGGCGCCGCCGACAGGUCAUCAAGAUGCUCUCGAUCGUAGUGGCGGUGUUUGGACUCUGCUGGGCGCCGUUCCACAUCGAGCGGGUCCUGUGGAGCUCAGUCAGUCAGUGGACCGACUUGAUGCACAACGUUUACCAGUAUGUCCACAUCCUGUCGGGGAUCCUCUUUUACCUCAGCUCUGCGGUCAACCCCAUCAUCUACAGCCUUUUGUCCACGCGCUUCCGGGAGUGCUUCCGGGAGCUCGUCUGCUCCCACACGGACGACAGCAACUCCGUCAGAGACUCGCCGCCGUUCCCCAAGACUUUACUGGAUCCCUCCAUGGCGGGCCCCAGAACUCAGGCUCUGAUGAAAGACUCCGGCUCCAUCGUCCCGUUGCUGUCUCCUAAGGGGACUUUGAGCAUGGACUCGGCAGUCCUCACAUGCAUGUGCAAAGAGGCGCCCUGCAAUACCUCAGAGUUUUGACAUUUGCUUUAAAUACAGAAACGCCCGCGCUGAACCUCUUUGAAACCAUGUUUUGAAGAAGUUUGACUUUGUGUCUUUGGGGAGGACGCUUAUCCCCACAUUUCCCUGUGUUGUGAGAAACCUGCGAGUCCCUCUGGAUAAAAGGGUUUGCUGUAGGAAUGAUUGUUAAUGCAACACUCUCCUUAUUACGUGCAUGAUACAAAAGCCUCUCCUCUGCAGCGCUCGCUCGGAUCCCCCUGAAGCUGCUGACACUGUAGCUGCGAUUUGUAGUCCAACUCAGUCAUCACAGCAGCACGGGGAAUCCGUGCCAGGAGACAACCGCAUCUUUCAAAGCCCUAUUUGUUAUCUGCUCACUGUCGAGCUGCUGCUAUUUGCUCUGGAGAAACACGGGAGCCAGAAAAUACAACUGGAAUCUGAACAAAUUCAUGACUUUUAAUUCAAAGCUACUGCUUCGGGACAUUUCCGUCCAUAUGGCGGGAUUAAGAACUCACAGGUUUCUGUUUCAUCAGCAUUUCUUCCUCUGUGAUGCAGAGAAUGAAACAGACGGAGAGACGGAGGCAGAAAAUGAGACUCGCUCAAAUAUGGUGAUGGAAAAGAGGUCACUUAAUUUAAUUUAGCGUUCUGCGUCCCUCCUCGUCUGGAAAAGAGAAAAAUCAGCAAUGCGGACAAAUUGUUGAUUGGAAAAGUGGUAAAUGGAAAGAGCAUUUUUUCCACAACAAUCCCAGUUUUUGAAGUUACAGGGGUUCAGCUCUGAGGAGCUACUGCCCAAUUUCAGCUCAGUCUAAAGAGAAUUGUUCUUGUUUCCUGAAGGCUCUGGUAAAAGUGUGUAAUAGAAAGGAUGCAUUUUCAGCCCAAUAAUAAUCUGCAGAUCUUCCUCCAGCAGAAUCAGACUUGAAUGCUGCUCCAGCAUGUAGUUUUGGAGCUACGAGAGGUGAAAUGUUCAAGAAAACAAAACAAAUCACAUCCUUAUUUUACAUAAAGUCCCAUCGUCUGUGAAUGUUAUAUCACACUUCUUAGCUAAAUCCCUUUAAUUCUUGUUAGAGCUUCACAGGUAAGAAACAAAGUGAAGCAGAAAGUUGUUAAAGUGAGCAUCGCUAACGCUAUAAUUGAAAAUGAUUGUUGGGUUGGGGUUAAGGUUAAAUCACCUCAGAGAACCAUUGACUGUAUAUGAAAGUUGGACCAGAUGAGUGUGCUGUCACUUGGAGAAAUUGGCUGACCGUCUUAUAGGGCGCAGCAGGUUAUAAAACGCCUCAUCAAUGAAUGGUCUGUUUUUGAAACGAUGGACCGAUCUGUAAGAUAAAUGAAUCAGACAUAAAUCUGUCAAUAAAUCAAACUUUAUUGACUGCGUUUACUUCAGAACUUCUUUGUAACAUGCUACAUGUUAGCCAGGUUAGCGUAUUCACAACAUCUGUAGCUAACAAACUUUUGAGGGUCCUCUGGUCACAUGCAAGAUGGUGCCUGAAUCAAUCUGUAGUCGAAGCGGAAAUCAUAACUAUUGUUACAGCGUAAGCGAAAAUUUCCUCAUCUUUAGGAAACCCUUUCAAAAUGAUAUUUUUAAAACCUUUUCAGAACUUUCAGCUUUAAAGCUUUUAAAUGUGAAUAUUUUUUCUAGAAGUUUAGUGUCCAAGAUGAGCUUCAACUCCCGAAAUGGCAUUUUUUCUCUGUGACACAGAGAAAAAAACAGCACAAAGGGUCGAUAAAACAGAAAAGAAACAGGGAAAAAAAGGUCGAAAGCUUAAAACAAGGUUUUUUUUGCAGCCGGC